AUGGUGGUUAACAAUUGUGUGAGAACAACUAUUGCCAAUAAGAAUAGGAAUUUUCAGCGAGAAUUGUCCAUGUUAGUGGUCAACAAAUUUACUGAUGUUACCCCCAACAAGGUAAUUGAUGUAAGUAUGGAGGUAUUAGGGCUUCCAUCCCUGGCUGAUCCUUGUUUUAAUAUCCCAGGAAAGAUAGACUUACUUUUAGAGACUGAAGUAUUUUAUGAAUUGUUGAGACCUGGACAAUUCCGUGAUUUGAAUUUAUCAUUGUUGUUGCAGAAUACAGUUUUCGGUUAUGUACGCAGUGGUAGUGUAAAUGAGGUGAAAGAGAACAAAGUUCAUUUUGUGAAAACCCAUAAGAGGAAUGAGGAGGGUCGGUAUGUGCUUACAAUGCCUUUGAAACAGGAUCCCUCUUGCUUGGGACAUUCAAAGGACAUUGCGGUAAAAAGACUUAAUUCUUUGUGGAAUCAUCUGUCGAAGGAUUCAGAUUACUUAUCGAUAUAUUUAGAUUUUAUGAGAGGAUACGAGGUGUUAGGUCACAUGAAGAAGGUUUAUGAGACAACUGCAUCAUCUUCCUCUUAUUAUUUAGUACACCAUGGAAUCUUUCGUCAAGAAAAAUCGACCACUAAAUUUCGUGUAGAUUUUAAUGCAUCGCCUCUUACAACUAAUGGUAUUUGCUUAAAUGACAUUCUGAUGAAAGGAUGA